UUUUUUUUUAUCUUUUUGGACUAUUUUGGCAUGCGGCAGUUUCUUUUUUUUGGUGGCAUGACUGAACACUUACAAUGACUAUUCUGUUUGGAGACUGGAUCGCGUUUAUUGCUCAGAUGAGUCUGGGCGCUCAGCUGAAUAUAAAUUAGGUGUUCAGCACCACAGAUUGCUGGAAGAGGCAGAGGAGGAGAGAGACAGAGCAAAGACAAUUCACAAACACAAAUGCCAAGGCCUCGCAUGAUGAACAGAACUCUUUAUUUGAUCCCGAUUAAUAGAAACACCAAAUUUGAACAAAAUAUCAACAGGUCAAAGGAAGCGUAAACCCAACACAGAUUAGAGCAGCUUUUACGGAGUGGGGAUGUAUCUUUCUAUUUUCUUUUUCCUCCUCUUAUGGGCUCAAGCCCUGACAUUGAAAAACUUGAAUUACUCUGUCCCGGAGGAACAGGGUCCCGGAACAGUGAUUGGGAACAUAGCCAAAGAUGCCAGACUCGGAAUUGAACAGGUUGGGCCGGGAGGACAGGGUAAGAAAGCCAACUUCAGGGUGCUGGAGAACUCGGCUCCGCAUCUCAUCGACGUGGACCCCCAAAGCGGACUGCUGUACACAAAGCAGCGCAUCGACAGGGAAACCUUGUGUAAGAGAAACCCCAAGUGCCAGCUCUCCAUGGAGGUGUUUGCCAAUGACAAGGAGAUCUGCAUGAUCAAAAUAGAUAUUCAGGACAUUAACGACAACUCACCCUCCUUCCCCUCGGAUCAGAUUGAUAUUGACAUUUCUGAAAACGCAGUGCCAGGGACACGCUUUCCCCUGACCAGCGCGCAUGACCCAGAUGCAGGGGAGAACGGCCUGAAAACUUAUCAAAUAACACGCGAUGACUACAAUCUCUUUUCCUUGGAGGUAAAGUCCCGUGGGGACGGGACUAAAUUCCCAGAAUUGGUUAUUCAACGGCCAUUGGACCGAGAAGAACGAAACCAUCACACCCUCAUUUUGUCAGCCACAGAUGGGGGAGAAUAUCCUCGGUCAGGUACCAUGCAGAUAAAUGUUAAAGUUAUUGAUUCCAAUGAUAACAGCCCUGUGUUUGAUCAGCCCUCGUAUGUUGUGGAAAUUCCUGAGAAUUCCCCUCCUGGUAAAGUGUUGAUCGAUUUGAACGCCACUGAUCCUGAUGAGGGCAACAACGGACAAGUAGUCUAUUCUUUUAGUGGCUAUGUCCCGGAGAGAAUCCGGGAGCUCUUUUCCAUAGAUUCCAGAACAGGGGUCAUAAAGAUUCAGGGCGAAAUUGACUAUGAAGAGAGCCCAGUUAUAGAGAUUGACGUACAGGCAAAGGAUCUAGGUCCCAAUCCAAUCCCAGGCCAUUGUAAAGUCACUGUUAAAGUGCUGGACAGGAACGAUAACUGGCCGUUUGUAAGCUUUGUGUCUGUGAGACAGGGAGCCAUCAGCGAGGCAGCACCUCCAGCCACUGUCAUCGCUCUGGUCCGUGUCACAGACAAGGACUCGGGCAGGAAUGGCCAGCUUCAGUGCAGAGUACUGGGUAAUGUCCCUUUUAAACUUGAGGAGAAUUAUGAAAACUUCUAUACUGUGGUGACAGACAGGCCCUUGGACAGAGAGAUGCAGGAUGAGUACAAUGUCACCAUCGUGGCCAAAGACAACGGCAUUCCUCCUCUAAACUCCACAAAGUCCUUCACUGUAAAGAUUCUGGAUGAAAAUGACAAUGUUCCUCGCUUUACAAAGUCAGUUUACCUUCUUCAAAUACCCGAGAACAACAUCCCUGGGGAGUACCUCGGUUCAGUUCUGGCACAUGACCCAGACCUCGGCCAGAACGGAACAGUGUACUACAGCAUAGUCAACUCCAAUGUGAGUGGGGGUGAUGUCAACACCUAUGUUAAUGUGAAUGCUGCUAAUGGAGCCAUCUAUGCAGUGAGAUCUUUCAACUAUGAGCAAAUAAAGUAUUUUGACUUUAAGGUUCUUGCUAGAGAUGCAGGAUCUCCACACCUGGAGAGCAACGCUACAGUACGCAUCAGUGUUCUGGAUGUCAAUGACAACAUCCCUGUUAUAGUUCUGCCCCUGCUCCUGAACGACACGGCUGAAAUCCAUGUGCCGCGCAACGUUGGUGUCGGCUACAUUGUCACCACAGUGAGGGCGGUGGAUAAUGACUAUGGCGAGAGUGGGAGGCUCACAUAUGAGAUCUCUGAUGGUAAUGAGGAGCACCUCUUUGAGAUUGAUCCAGUGACAGGGGAGGUGCGAACAGCCCACCCAUUCUGGGACGAUGUCAACCCCAUUGUGGAGCUGAUCAUCCGAGUAUCUGACCAUGGCAAGCCAACUCUCACUGCUGCCGCCAGACUCAUGAUCAAGGCGUCCAACGGACGUCCUCCAGAUGGACUGCCACGCACAAAAGACAAUCAGAACUGGGACAUGUCCCUUCCUCUUAUUGUAACUCUAAGCAUCAUAUCCAUCAUGCUUCUGGCAGCCAUGGUGACCAUAGCAAUCAAGUGCAAGCGAGAAAACAAGGAGAUCCGUACCUAUAAUUGUCGCAUUGCAGAGUACUCGCACCCUCAGCUCGGGAAGGGCAAGAAGAAGAAGAUUAACAAGAACGACAUCAUGCUGGUGCAGAGCGAGGUGGAGGAGCGGGAUGCCAUGAAUGUGAUGAAUGUGGUAAGCAGCCCUUCCUUGGCCACCUCUCCCAUGUACUUUGACUACCAGACACGCCUGCCACUCAGCUCACCAAGGUCAGAGGUCAUGUACCUCAAGCCCACUGCCAAUAACCUCAGCGUGCCCCAAGGCCACGUGGGAUGCCACACCAGCUUCACAGGCCCAGUCACCAGCACUACAGACACACCUACUAACCGCAUGUCCAUCAUUCAGACGGACAAUUUCCCCACUGAGCCUAAUUAUAUGGGUAGCAGACAACAGUUUGUUCAAAGCAGUUCGACAUUCAAAGACCCAGAGCGAGCAAGCCUCAGAGACAGUGGUCAUGGUGACAGUGACCAGGCUGACAGCGACCAGGACACCAACAAAGGCUCCUGCUGUGAUAUGUCUGCAAAAGAAGCCCUUAAGUUGAAGGCCACAGGCGUGAAACCACCGCCUUUGGAACAAGAUGAGGACUGUGUGAAUUGUACGGAGGAGUGCCGGGUAUUGGGUCAUUCUGACCGCUGCUGGAUGCCCCAGUUCCCCGCUGGAGGAAACCAGGCAGAAGGUGUUGACUACCGCAACAAUAUGUUUGUGCCAGCGGGCAUGGAGACGGUGCCUGAGACAGAGACUUACGAGACUGUCAACCCCAAUGGCAAGAAGACGUUCUGUACGUUUGGAAAAGAGAGGCGUGACCACACAAUCCUUGUCGCCAAUGUCAAGCCCUACUUGAAGGCGAAACGAGCCCUCAGUCCACUGCUCCAAGAGGUACCUUCAGCCUCCAGCAGUCCUACCAAGGGCUGCUCCACCAUGUCUCCCUGCUCUUCAGUCAAAAGCCCAGCGGACGGAGCUGAAGGCAAACCGCCUCCUGCCACCUGCUCUGGCCACUACGGGCCUCCUGAUGGUCAGUACCUGUCCCCAACCAAACAAACCAGAGACCAGGGGGGCUACCCACCAUUGCCUCCCUCAGACCCAGUGGCCAAGGUGCUUGCAGAGGCCCGCUCUAGGAUCAGCCAAGAGGCAGCCGGGGAAAUGGAGUGUGUUCUGGAGCAGGUGGAGCCCGACGUGAACCGUGACAGAAUGGACGCUGACCAGGUGGUGAGAGACAUCGACAAACUAUUGCAGGACUGCAGAGGAAGUGAGGCCACUGGAACUCUCAGGAAGUGACACAAAGGACUGCAAAAAAAAAAGAAGUACGGAGGUAGAGAGAGGAAUAUAAUGCUAUUCUAAAAACUCUCAUGCAAAAACUGUCACCAAAACAAAUGAAAAAGGUUAAACGGCUCUUCUGAUAGGAGCUCUUUUCACUGUUGUUGUUUAAAGGACCGAUAUUGGACGAACAAUGGGAACAUUUAUUAUGUCAGUCAUUUGGCACCAGUUUGGUGCUGGGAUCCUUACCAACUAAAACGAACAUCUGAAUUCUGCUGAAUUUAUAAACACUUUUUGUUUUGGAUUCUUAAACAAAUUGCAGAGGCUUAUGCCUCUGGCACCUCGCAAGCUAUUAUCUAAGUGCCCACCAGCUCAUAAGUGUGUUGUUCAUGGUCUCUUGUGAAAUCCUACAUAUCUAAGUGUGUGUAGGUGGAUUUCUGUUAUGUGUGAUGGCCAUAGAAACUGAAUGAAAAGGACUAUUUAUGGUCAGACAUGACAAUCGAUGUGGAAACAGUCAAACAAAUUCUAAUCUGUUUGGGACAGUGAAAAUAAUUAAAUACACAAAACAACCUUAUCUCUCUUGACUUAAAUAUAAGUGUUUAAUGUGUGAUGGAUACUGUAUCUGAACAUGAAGAGAUUGGUUAAUCAGGUGUGUGUUCGCAGGGAUUGGUUAUGGACUUGGAGACGGAGGGGCUUAAUUGCCACCGAAGGAGAAUUAUUAACAGUGUAACCAUGUUUCACUUGUCAUUUGUAGCCACAUGUGUAACUGUGUCUGUCUCACGCCUCUAUUUAAACAUUCAUGUCGCUGACUGGUGUAGUUGCAUGCACCAAAUGUACACACAUUUUACACAUGUGCACUACACUUUGCUCAUACACUUGCUGACACACUCACAUGCACUGAUGCCCCUACAGACACACACAUACACACUAAUGCUUUCACACAACUGGCCAUCUGUGUAAUUGUCUUAUACAUGGACAUCAUCAGCUUUCAGUCCCUUGUGUACAGUGAAUUAUCAUGUGUGUGACUAUGCCUUAAGGCAAUCACAGGUUGUAUAAAAAGGGACAUUUUUUCCUCAACUGUGAAAAGAUGAAAUCUAUAUGAUUAUAUAGAUGACUAUAUGUAUGAAUCCAUGUAUAGUGUCCAAAUAUUAACUACAUAUUUAUACAUUUUAUAGGAAAAAAAUAAAUGAGGAAUCUCAGCAAAAAAGUGUCCUUGAGUUAAGAUCAGGUGUGGGGUAUUAACUCAAAGAACUGCAAAGGACACUGCCAUUGUUUCGAAGACAAAUAUCCAAAAAUAUAAAUAACAAGAAAAUGUCCCUUCACAUUAUCACUAUACAUAAUAUCAUUAUAUGUGUAAAUGUAUCCAAUUUAGAUGUGUUAACAUCAAAAAAACUGACAUAUUUUUAUUGAUUUUACUGCAAUU